AUGUCCGAGGCAUUGGAUGCACUCAGUUUCCUAGACGCUGUGAGCGCUUCCGGCGCCAACAGUGCCGACUUACCACCGCCGCCACCGACGGCGUCUCCUGAGUUCGCUCGGCAAGCGAAGCGCCAGCGCACAGGGGGCGCUGCGCCUGGUCAGUUGGUGGCAGUGAAGACAGAGCAUGGCGCAGAAAACAAGGGGCAGGAUGGCAUCGUGCCCGCGUCGCCCGGUGCAACUUCUGCCUGCACCGCCCGUACUGUCAAGCUGGAGACCACUGCUGGCGAAGGCGACAAGAUUUGCAAUGGGUGCCGGAGGAGCCGCUUGCAUGGCGUAUGUUACGUAACCCUUGAGCCUCUCCAUUGGGGCCUUCCCGAUGGUCGGGGGAGUUGGUGCAAGGACUGUUUCAACUUGUGGCGCCUGGAGUACUCGAAGGUGGUCACGCUGGUCAUGUUCCACGUCAGGCUGCAGAGGGCGGAGCACCAAGAGGAUUUCGAGUUCAAGUUCGCUUGCUACGUGUCCCUUCGGAAAGAGGGCCAUGAACGGAUUACCGAAGCCAUGCUUUCUGGGCGCGUAUCUACCAUGAGGUUUGUCCUUCGCAUGUUGGGGAUGCCGUUCGGCGAUUUCGUUGUCCAGAAGCUCAGCGAGAUUGCUUCCACUGAUGGUCUGGAGGCCAGUCGCUUGAUUCAGUUGCGGAUCGACAAGAAAUGUGAGAUCGGCUACUUGGUUCCGAAUUCACCGGCGCUUGGUUCCUCGUCUGACGCGGUGGUAGCUCGCCCAGAAGAUGGGUCGUGGAUGGGGGCCCGAGUCAAAGCUACCAUGCGCACUUGCAACGAGGAAGACAUCACUUUGGUGAGCACGGCUUGUGGCGCAGAUGGAAGCAACACCACGCCUCAGAAGGCCCACGUGAUGUCGACAUUGAUCGUCGCGUCGCCAGCCACGAGCCCCACGCAACAGAAAGUGGACAAGCAGCUCAGCAUGAUCCGUGAUAUCUUCGACAACUUCAGUUCGGAACAGUGGAAAUCCCUGAAAGAAUCAACGUUCACAUCACCGCUGAACAAAUUGACGUCGUUGCAGGCCGAGGUGAGCAUCUCGGGCGAAGAGGGCGUGUUGGAGAAAGUAUCAUCUUGGUGUUCUGCCCUGGGCUACAGCAAGACCAUUGCGAAAAAAUACAAAGAGUUCGGCAGGAACCCGAACAAGAUCGACAAGCUCAUCGCCCUCGAGCCGUUCAUGGGCAAGCUCGUCGAAUUCUUGAAAUCGGAGGGGGUCGUGCUUCAUCUGUCGUUUGUCCUCUUCCACUUGCAGGUGCGAUUCCACGCCCCGCAGGGCGCAGCACUCCACGAGCGCUUGAUGGGCAUUGCGGACGAGGCGGCCGAUGGGGCCAUGCUCCAAGUUGCUGGUCUUGACGGAGGCGCGGCAGUUGCGGAGAGCUGGAUGCGCACCAUCGUUUUCCAAAAAUCUCCAUUGACAUUGAGAAGAUAA